UAGUAGGCAGUUCGUGUUUUGCUACAUUCUACGUCGUCGAGCUUACUGCAACGCAAGUUCUCGUGUUGUUGACAGAAUGACGUCUACGGCAACCGUCUCAGGUGGGCUGGCACCCAAGGAAAUCGGAUUGGUCUGCGAGUCAGAAUACAGACAGUAUCCAUGGUAUCAUCAGUACGCUGGCGACGAGAAAACUUGGGUGGUGGUCAGCGUUCAAGCGCCUCGGUACCAGGAGGAUGAAGACAGCAAAGUCAGUGAGACGGGUCGGGCACCACUGGAGUUGGUCGCCGUGAUUGAUAGAAGUAACAGCAUGGGGAGGCGCGGUAAACUUGCCAUGAUGCAGGAAACUAUGCUCUUCGUCAUCCGUCAAUUGAAUGAACACGACAAGCUGGGGAUCGUGGUUUACGACACCGGAGUGACAUCAUUUGGUACACUUUGGAGGAUGGAUGCGAGCGGAAAAGCUCAAGCGACCUCUAUCAUUGAGCUCUUGCAUACAGAAGGAGGAACAAAUCUAUGUGGAGGACUUGUGGAAGGGCUGGCCAUAAUUGAAGAUCUGCAGAAAGAGAAUUCCAGUGGAGAUGCAAAUGCCGAAAAGGAGAAGAAAUCUGUGUCGUCUAUCCUUUUGAUGACGGGUGGUGAAGCCAAUCAGGGCUUGACCUCAGAGGAAGAAAUAAUUGCUUGCUUAACACAACGAGGCCGACAUGGCUUGUAUCCUUCAGGAAACUAUCGUGCUCACAACAACAUCACGGCUCGAGCACAAGAACCGACAGUACCACCUCCACCAUCACUACCACAAGCAUCCCCACAGCCAGUAUCGGCACCAGCAACAACACCUGUAGUAACCUCUACAAUAGCUGAUUCUACUGAACUAAGUGACAUUGUGGCUGCCAGUAUUUACACAUUUGGCUUUGGUCCCGAUCACAAUGCCGAGUUGUUGCAAGCAGUGAGUAAGGCUGGUAAUGGAAUGUACUACCACAUUGACUCAUCCGAGAAGAUUCCAGAGUCCUUUGCCGACUGCUUGGGUGGACUGCUUAGCACAGUUGUGCGUAAUAUAUCCCUGGAAGUCUCGGCUGAGAACAAUUGUAACAUAAUCGAAGCCUAUGCGGGCCGAAGUACCCAAUCAAGUGGUAGUGGUGUUGCUAUUACAUUGCCUCUGGCAGAUAUCCAGUCAGAAGAAUGCCGCGACUGUGUGUUCUGCUUGGAUCAGCCUGAUGUACCCAAAGAGCUUGAUGAGUUUGCUAUUCUUAAGGCUAAGCUGACCUGCUUCAAUGUCAUGACAAGUAUGCGUGAGAUGAAGAAAGCCUCGCUGGAAGUACGCAGAGUCAAGCAACUUUCAGCUGAUCUUUCACCCAACCUGCGAGUUAACCGUCACUAUAGCCGCAUCACAUCAGCUAAGGCCCUUGAAAGAGCAUUUGUAUGGGCAGACGAAGGAGAUUAUUCUAUGGCAAGACGCCAGCUGACUAGCGCGAAAAGAGACAUAAUCAGAAAGAAUCCACUCGCCAUUUACCCACUCUCAGGAGAGCUGUCGAAACCAAGAAAGGUCAGGAAAAGGAAAGCUGAAAAGGAAAGCCUAUCCGUCUCUCCACGAUGAUGCCGGUAUGAUCAGAUGCUCAGCGUUGGCUGUAGGGCUGAUCAAGUAGUUCCACCGCCAAUGACAUACAUGCUCCAACCUUACUAACCAAGCUGUCUAGCGCUGCGCAUCUGUUACUGUCUCAGUGUAUGUGUAAGUCUUUUGGAGGUUUCGUUAAAAAAUAAAAAUGCAUUUCGAGGACGGAUCGUUCACAAAUAAUCUACGAAGUGUAUUGUUCUGUAUUGUUUUUUUAUUGUUUUGUGUUGUUUUGAUCAUUUAGGAACAUGGAUUGCCUAUACCCUCAAAGGAAAAUGACCUUUACCCAGGCACCUCAGAUGUGGGGAUAUCUCUUGAACAAACCCCUUCAGCUUGCUUUACAAUGCACUUAUUUGUGGCGUUAUUCGUUUUGUCCCGUCAUCUCCGAGGCCGUAAGAGACAUAAUGAAUGCAUAUUGUGCUUACACAUUGUACAUGUACAUGUCCCAUUCCGCGCUGCAGCCCAUAGGCAUAGAGAUAACGUACUGUAGGCUAUAUGUGAACAGUCAUGAACAAAUAAUCGUCGUUUGAAUUCUGAGAUCCACACCAGUA